ACAGAACCGGACCCCGCCGUCACUCAUCGUUUAUAUUCUCUGAUUUUUCUCGGAGAAUUUCGGUUUCCCGGCAAAGAUUCUCGCUUUCAUUGAAAGAAUGGAAAGCGGAGAAGGCGGCGGCUGGUUUGAUGCGUUGUUAGAGGAAAUCGGAUUAGCGAUCGAGAUGGCCGACGAUGCCAUUCAAAAGAAAUUUAAAGCGCUUGUCGACAAUGUGAGAGAGAUCUGGUGGGAUCUUGUUACGGAGAUGUUCAAGACACCGAAUCUUGAAAGACCAGAGACCGAAGAAACAUCGAGAGUUUCAGACAGUAAGUUUCAAGUGGAGAUGGAAAAUCUGGAACAUGAAGCUUCUGAAUCUGAUGUUGAUGAUGACAAUGCUGAAAUGAAAUAUAUCAGCGAUUGGUUUCGUCACCACAAACCAGAAGAUUGCAAACUCUUUCUGGUGAUUGUGGCAUCGGAUCUGAGGGCAAAAGGGCGUCUGGAUCUUGCAGCCGAAGUCGAGAAACUGCUCGUCCGCCAUUUUCACAUCGACGAAUCACCAGAAGCUUUCGACAACUAUGGAAGUUGCCACAGCAAUUCUGUGGAGGACAAUGAACAAACUGAACGUGAACAGGCUCGCCGCCUCAGUGGCAAUCACUCGGAAGAAUCUGUGAAGAGAGACGAAGAAGAAGAAGGAAUCAAGGAGAUGAAGAAGCGAUUGAUCUCCGUAUUUCUCGGCGAAGAUACCAAGUUAUUUUCGGAUGAAGACAUGGGCAUGUUAGAACUGGACGAUUCCUCGGAUUCCGACACGUUCGGGUCAGAACAGGAAGAACCAUCGGAUUACGGCACGUGCAUGUCGGAACAGGAAUCGACGCAUGAGGAUACGGAUAGCGAUUUCUUCAUCGACUGCGACAAUGAAGAAGAAGAAGAAGAAGAAGCAGCAGCUGUGGCUGGGGAAGAAGAAGAUACAGAAUCUGAAUGGGUGCUAGUUUAG